AUGAAGCUCAGUCGGCAAUUCACUGUUUUUGGCAGUGCUAUAUUUUGUGUAGUGGUCUUCUCAUUGUACCUGAUGCUGGAUCACCUGCAAUUAGACCAUACCAAAAGUCCAAACAACGGUGGGGAUAGAUUGCAAAAUGUAAGUCUGAAUUAUUUUCUCUAUUUUUGCAGUCUAGAUCAGACAUGCAUGUGUAAGAUAUAGCCUAUAACUGAGGAACGUUGUUUUUACAUUGUUGCACAAAUAUGAAUGAAUUUAUUUCCUCAUAAUCCUAUCUCUGCUACUGUGUAGAGAACUGGUGUUGACUGGCUGCUGUAUGUAGUAGUAGGCCCUACUAGUCGUUUUUACAAAGUUACAAUGUACCAACGUUCCAGGCAAUGUUUAAAAGUUUUCACUUCCGACAGGAAACACAUUUUCAACUGUAGCCAUGAUAGAGUUAUCGUCUUGAAACGGACAUGGUUCCAAUAAACACAAGUGUAUUACUUUUUGGAAGUCCAAGGUUCAUUUGCAAAUUGAGAUCUUGAUAUCGUGGGGUUGUGUGUCGCAUAAUUCCAUUCUGAAUGAGUGAAAACUAGUAUUUCUAGGCAAACAAAAACAAUGUUCCAGCAUAACCUACACCCUAUUAUUAUACAGCUAUGUUGCACCUAGUGCUCUUGCCCUAGGUCUGGGAGAGACUAAGUGAAAACUGGUAAAAGUGGACAUGUUUGUGCAACAAGAAGGUGACUGACCUCUUGUUAUCUCUUUAUUCGUCAUUUCCACUUCCUUUCACUGAGGGCUUAACAAUUAACCCUAUAUGCAUUGACACUUUGGAUUUGUGUAAUAUAGUAUGCUAUAUUUGUCACCAUGGAUGACAUACCCAUAGGUCCUCAUUUUGGUAACACUACAAUAAGGUUACUUUUAUUAAGGGUUUACAAUUAGUUUAUUGACUGUCAUUAUAACUCAUUUAUAAAUGGUUAUUGCAUAAUAAUUAGAUGCAUACUGUAUUGUAUAAGCCAGUGAACUUGUUUUCCUCCGUUCCUUCUUCUCCUUGACCAGGGCCAGUUGUCAAUCCUGCAGGGUAAGAUUGACCGCUUGGAAAGACUACUGGCAGAGAACAAUGAGAUCAUAACCAACAUCAGGGACUCUGUGAUCAACCUGAAGGAGUCGGUCAAGGAUGGGGGUCCUGAUGGAGGGAACAUGAGCCAAGGGCCUUACCCAGAACUGCUGGCUUCGCCUCCUCUGGUCCUCCCUAUUGACAUCCAAGACUGUCAGUUUGCAGCAAGGGAGUUCUCCAAGCCAGCAGAUGGGGUGCAGGUAAGACUUUUAGAGAGAAUUAGAAACAGCUCAGGUAUUUGUAGAUGCAAUGCUGUUGUAGGAUUGAACUACGAUUGGAUCUAUUCAACAUACUCCAGUGAAAGUUUGAAGUGAACAAAACUUCAAUGGACAGCGUUAUAACUGCCAGUGUUAUUUUUUAUUGAACUCUAACCUAUUUUGACAAGUUGAAAUCGUUAUACAGAGAGACAUCAUCAUGAUCUCAUUACCACGCUGAAUUGCUCCUACCAUCAGUGUGAAAUAUGAAGCCUUGUAAUAGCCAUGGGGGAAAUACUUGUUACAGUGUGACGUGACUAUGGUGUUAAAAUGAAGGACAAAUGUAAAAACCAUUACACUACUAUUACACUGUGUCAUGAAUAUGUUCUUGAAUAUUUUUCAAAUUAAUAUCAUGAUAGUGCUGAGUGAUUAGUGUUUUUUUAGGUUGAUUCGGUUUCGGUACGAUUAUAAAAAAAUAAACACUGUUUCCGGUUUCGAUUAUUUAAAAAAAUUAUUAAAUGCUCUAUGCAUUAUGACGGUUGAAUGCUUUAACAACACAGAAUAAAACAAUUAAUAAAAGUCCCAUGAUGGUAGUGACUGUCCAUUACUUUAUUAACCAUCAUUUAUUCACAUUACUUUAAUAAAAUAUUUCAGUUGUGGUGUAUAUUACAUUUGUUUUAUUUGAUGACUUUAUUAUUUCAUUCCAAGUCAUCAUCUCUAUACAGCUGCUGCCUAUGCUGCCUGACAAAAUCACUAUUUUAGUAGUUCUUCAAAGUAAAUAAGGCAUACUUUUAUGACUGCUGAAUACCAACUAUCAAUCACUUAGAUCAUGUAUUUUCAGGUAGAUACCUCGCGAAGCAACUGCUCUCUAUCCCUCUCGAUCGCAUAUUAUUCUGUCUCCCUCGCCGUGUCUGCCCCACACUAACCUAAUGUAGCAGGUGUAAAAGAAACACACAGACCAGACAAGUAGGCGCGCAAUGGAUUAUGGUCAUUGUAGUUCAUUACCACGUUUUCUGUGCUGAACUAUUUAGAAGAUUGGCCUCUUGGAAACUAGAACUCCCUACUACCUCACAUAGUUCGGGCUUGAUCUGAUUUAUCUGUAGAGAAACUGUGCAUUGAGCUAAACAAAAACAAAAAACAAAAUGGAAUUCUAAUAAUUGAACCAACAUUUGUCAAUUAGUUGUUUAAAAACGGAAAAAUUACAGAAAUGUCAGUUAAUCACUCAGCACCUACAGUGGGGAAAAAAAGUAUUUAGUCAGCCACCAAUUGUGCAAGUUCUCCCACUUAAAAAGAUGAGAGAGGCCUGUAAUUUUCAUCAUAGGUACACGUCAACUAUGACAGACAAAUUGAGAAUUUUUUUCUCCAGAAAAUCACAUUGUAGGAUUUUUAAUGAAUUUAUUUGCAAAUUAUGGUGGAAAAUAAGUAUUUGGUCACCUACAAACAAGCAAGAUUUCUGGCUCUCACAGACCUGUAACUUCUUAUUUAAGAGGCUCCUCUGUCCUCCACUCGUUACCUGUAUUAAUGGCACCUGUUUGAACUUGUUAUCAGUAUAAAAGACACCUGUCCACAACCUCAAACAGUCACACUCCAAACUCCACUAUGGCCAAGAACAAAGAGCUGUCAAAGGACACCAGAAACAAAAUUGUAGACCUGCACCAGGCUGGGAAGACUGAAUCUGCAAUAGGUAAGCAGCUUGGUUUGAAGAAAUCAACUGUGGGAGCAAUUAUUAGGAAAUGGAAGACAUACAAGACCACUGAUAAUCUCCCUCGAUCUGGGGCUCCACGCAAGAUCUCACCCAGUGGGGUCAAAAUGAUCACAAGAACGAUGAGCAAAAAUCCCAGAACCACACGGGGGGACCUAGUGAAUGACCUGCAGAGAGCUGGGACCAAAGUAACAAAGCCUACCAUCAGUAACACACUACGCCGCCAGGGACUCAAAUCCUGCAGUGGGAGACGUGUCCCCCUGCUUAAGCCAGUACAUGUCCAGGCCCGUCUGAAGUUUGCUAGAGUGCAUUUGGAUGAUCCAGAAGAGGAUUGGGAGAAUGUCAUAUGGUCAGAUGAAACCAAAAUAUAACUUUUUGGUAAAAACUCAACUGGUCGUGUUUGGAGGACAAAGAAUGCUGAGUUGCAUCCAAAUAACACCAUACCUACUGUGAAGCAUGGGGGUGGAAACAUCAUGCUUUGGGGCUGUUUUUCUGCAAAGGGACCAGGACGACUGAUCCGUGUAAAGGAAAGAAUGAAUGGGGCCAUGUAUUGUGAGAUUUUGAGUGAAAACCUCCUUCCAUCAGCAAGGGCAUUGAAGAUGAAACGUGGCUGGGUCUUUCAGCAUGACAAUGAUCCCACACACCGCCCGGGCAACGAAGGAGUGGCUUCGUAAGAAGCAUUUCAAGGUCCUGGAGUGGCCUAGCCCCAAAACAUCACUGCUCUAGAGGAGAUCUGCAUGGAGGAAUGGGCCAAAAUACCAGCAACAGUGUGUGAAAACCUUGUGAAGACUUACAGAAAACGUUUGACCUGUGUCAUUGCCAACAAAGGGUAUAUAACAAAGUAUUGAGAAACUUUUGUUAUUGACCAAAUACUUAUUUUCCACCAUAAUUUGCAAAUAAAUUCAUAAAAAAUCCUACAAUGUGAUUUUCUGGAUUUUUUUUCUAAUUUUGUCUGUCAUAGUUGACGUGUACCUAUGAUGAAAAUUACAGGCCUCUCUCAUCUUUUUAAGUGGGAGAACUUGCACAAUUGGUGGCUGACUAAAUACUUUUUUUCCCCACUGUAAGUGGCUUGGGGAACAAAACAUUGAAGUCUUGGGUCCUUGGUGGUUCCAAACUUCUUCAAUUUUUAAGAAUGAUGGAGGCCACUGUGUUCUUGGGGACCUUCAAUGCUGCAGAAAUGUUUUGGUACCCUUCCCCAGAUCUGUGCCUUGACACAAUCCUGUCUACGGACAAUUCCUUCGACCUUAUGGCUUGGUUUUUGCUCUGACAUGCACUGUCAACUGUGGGACCUUAUAUAGACAGGUGUGUGCCUUUCCAAAUCAUGUCCAAUCAGUUGAAUUUACCACAGGUGGACUCCAGUCAAGUUGUAGAAACAUCUCAAGGAUGAUCAAUGGAAAGAGGAUGCACCUGAGCUCAAUUUCGAGUCUCAUAGCAAAGGGUCUGAAUACUUAUAUAAAUAAGGUAUUUCUGUUUUUCAUUUUUAAUAAAUGUUCAAACAUUUCUACAAACCUGUUUUCGCUUUGACAUUAUGGGGUAUGUGUGUAGAUUGAUGAGGAUAAUUCUUUUAAAAAUCCGUUUUAGAAUAAGGCUGUAACGUAACAAAUUGUGGAAAAAGUCAAGGGGUCUGAAUACUUUUCGAAGGCACUGUAUGUCAUCACAUUUCUUCUUGACACCAAUCAUGAUAACAAGCUCUUUUCUGCGUUUCAUAUUCCUGUUAUUAAAAUCAUGGUUUUAGUCAGUGGCUCUUGUACCAUUACGUACUGUGCAUGUACAUAUAAAACCAUGACAGAUAAUACAUUCUUUCAUCUUGUCCUCUCCAAUUAUACCAUAAUUUUAUUUGGCCAUAAGACAAAGACAGAUAUUUAAGUUGGCGCAAGUCCCAAAGAAACUCCAAGCAGCCUCUGUUGCAUUAGAAGUUCCAUCUCUCAUUUGCAUUCUUCUGACCUGCUGAUAUCACAGAUAAUCCAGGAACAGAUGCACUGUUUUCUCUGUUUUCUUUCUUUUUGACCGCUACUGUGACUUAAAGUAAACAAAAAACUGAAACUGAACCAAAUACACUAAACUUCCAUAAACAAAUUCUAGAGUAGGCAACAUAGCCUAAUAAAGUGAGGCUUUGCUGCAAACCAGUGUCACGGUUUAUUGGUGGCAAUAUUGUUCAAUACUUUUAAUACUUCUAAUAAUACAUUGUUGACAAUAAACAGGUGAAAUAUACUUCAUUGUAUGUUAGCCUUCUUCAUGGUAGUAGUUUACCUCAAAUAAUAUCCCACUAUUUGUCUCAGAGAGAAACAGAAACAGGGGUUCAAGUGUUUGUUUUUUGUGUCUUUUUCAGUUGAUGGAUGUUAAUGAUCUUCUGACCUUUGACAAUCCUGAUGGGGGAGUGUGGAAACAAGGAUUUGAUAUCACCUACCGGGAGAAUGAAUGGGACAGCGAGCCACUACAAGUCUUUGUUGUGCCCCACUCACACAAUGAUCCUGGUAAGCAGUGCACUACUUCAGAGAGCAUUAAAGGGACAACACACUCCAAAAUCAAGUUGUAGUUCUUCACAAUCGAUUGUGUGGGACAUGGAUUUAUCUUGACAUAAGACUGCCUUUUAGGUUUAAAAACAUCUGCUCAUUUUAUUUUGGAGUAUAUUGUCCCUUUAAAGCUAAUCUGGAAACACUGGACUUUCCUCUGUGACUUCUUCAAUGCUUUGUUUUCUCUACUUAAUACAAUCACACCUCGUAUAGACAGGAGGCAAGGCGUAGGCAGUUCCACAGCAGUCAGGAUUCAUUUUUCAUAUUUAUUUUUCCUAGGUUAAUUGUGUUUCAUGGUCUGCCAGGGGAAAUAGCAUUAUACCAUAGUAUACAGCGUAAAGACAAGCAUUAUAUCACAGUAUACAACGUAAAGACAAGCAUUAUAUCACAGUAUACAACGUAAAGAUAGGCAUUAUACCACAGUAUACAACGUAAAGACAAGCAUCAUAUCACAGUAUACAACGUAAAGACAAGCAUUAUACCACAGUAUACAACGUAAAGACAAGCAUCAUAUCACAGUAUACAACGUAAAGACAAGCAUUAUACCACAGUAUACAACGUAAAGACAAGCAUCAUAUCACAGUAUACAACGUAAAGACAAGCAUUAUACCACAGUAUACAACGUAAAGACAAGCAUUAUAUCACAGUAUACAACGUAAAGACAAGCAUUAUACCACAGUAUACAACGUAAAGACAAGCAUUAUACCACAGUAUACAACGUAAAGACAAGCAUUAUACCACAGUAUACAACGUAAAGACAGCAUUAUAAAGCAUUAUACCACAGUAUACAACGUAAAGACAAGCAUUAUACCACAGUAUACAACGUAAAGACAAGCAUUAUACCACAGUAUACAACGUAAAGACAAGCAUUAUACCACAGUAUACAACGUAAAGACAAGCUUUAUACCACAGUAUACAACGUAAAGACAAGCAUUAUACCACAGUAUACAACGUAAAGACAAGCAUUAUACCACAGUAACAACAUAAAGGUCAUAGAGCAAUUGAUGAAAGUCUUGUCCUGUUACCACUUGAAAAAAACGAAAACAAUUGUUCAGAAAAAGAAAACAAUUGAUCAGACAUAUAAGAAGCCUGUUUUCUAUACAUUUCCUCACUGUUACAUUUUCCACAGAAACAGAGCAUUUGAAUGAUGUAUUGCAUUGUGAAGGCGAAGUCCCUCACAAGCAUUCUAGAGACUAAGGCGUCAGUGCAGGCAAUAAGAGUAGUGGUAGUUUCCGGCGUUUGUCACGUCGUGUGUAUGCUCAGUAGCAGCAUCUGCAGCCCAGUUACAGCCAGGGCCAGUCUAUUCUUUGUUCCUGAGAUUGGUUAACUCUUUAGUAACCCGAGCUGGAUUUCUGGUUUGACUGGGGUGGUCUUCCCUUACAGCUGUAUACAGUGGCUCAUGACAAUACUCACGCCCUUGUACAGUUUAAAAGCACUGUUUGCCGUUCACUGAAUGAUUUAUCCUGUUUUAUCUUGCAUUGGAAAGAACGAUGCAAUGUUCAGACUUUUUUUGAAUGCAUUGAUUUUCAUUGGAAAUAUGAUAACAUUAUGUUGUGAAAUCAAUGGAUGUGGCAUAUUGAUUGAACCACAUGUUCUGCUCAUUCACCUGAUGAUGAUGAUGAUGAUGAUGAUGAUGAUGAUGAUGGCUUUAUCGAAUCCGCUUAUUGAAUCUAUGGCAGACAGACAGACCACACAGCAUUUACAUAGAAGUGAACAUAUGUAGAUUAUUCCUUACACACCACUCUACAGUUGUAAUGUAUGCUCUUCCACUGUUAUAGUUGUCCAUUUGUACAUUUUCAGGAUGGCUGAAGACGUUUGAUGACUACUACCGGGACCAGACCCAGCACAUCCUGAACAACAUGGUGGUGAAACUCCACGAGGACAGCCGCAGGAAAAUGAUCUGGUCUGAGAUCUCCUACUUCUCCAAGUGGUGGGACAACAUCGACGACCAGAAGAGAGACGCUGUCAAGAGGUAGGAGUUCUGUCUGUCUGUCUGUGUGUGUCAUUCUAGCUUCAAGGUGAAAUCAAUAUGAGCAGCAAAUCACUUAUGGAUUCUGUAAUUGUAUUCUUGAUUUAGCUUGGCUGCUGUAAACGUGGAAACUAAUUCCUUAGUGGAUUUGAAAUAAGAUUUCGAUGCUCCUCUGUUAUUCCCAUUUUAAUUAAAGCAAGGUUAUACAUUGCUUAGGGCUAGCGGUUUUAUAGGGUUUAUUAAAAAUGCAGUGAAAUUAGAAGUGAAGAUGUUUUACAUAAAUUAACUCAACAACACCACAGCCUGAGAUUGUCAUUAUACGGUAUGUACAGGUAAAUCAAUGGCCACAUCCCAGUUUACAGUACAACGAUUCUUUACUCUGCCUGGUAGCAGGAGUUAAUUGGUUUGAAUCGCCUUAACAAGCCAAACUGACUCCAAAUGGUCUUGAGGUCAUAAAAUCAAUUGUGCUUGUGAGAGGCACAUGGGCUCACACUAUCUCUCGCUCACUCUGCCUCAGUCUCUUUUCUGUUGACAAUGUCCCCUUGAGGAUGUAACGGUUGUCAGGAGUCAGGGGGUUCUCUGGGAUCGACAUGGAGGGAGUGAGAGGGAGAGGGUUUUCCGCUUCAGAAAACAGCCCCAAAAGCAAAGAGGGUGUCACAAAUGCUGUGUGCAUUGGCCAUGCUCACGACGAGCUACUGGCUGGUAGGCUUCAGCACUAAGCCCUGGGAGAUUACAAAACGGUGUAUGAAAUGCAAUAAAUAUUUCAGCUGCAGGUUAGAAUUCCAAUUAGGAGCACAAGCAAAAACAGCCUUAAGGUGAAGGAUGGAGGAAGAUGAAAAAUCCAACACAAAUAUUUAUUCACUAUUGAUUUGAUUCGCAGGGAGUUCAAAGCGAACCAGAUCCAUUCCUUUUUUUGGGGGAGAAUAUUCCGUGUUUACUCUUUUUUUGAAGGGUGUUGCUACUCAUUUAAUAACUUAUUUUCUUUGCGGGUUUUCAUUUUAUGUCAGCAAAUUCAAGGUCUGGCAAUUUUCCACGUUACAGUACACAGAGAAGUCUCGCUCAAGAAAUUCAAACAAACAACCUCAUUAUUUCUUCAGAACGCACCUUUAGAAUUUGAGAGGAACAUGUUUUUGAGCAGCAUGUUUCGGUUUGUAGGAGGGCCACAUCCAUCCUCGUUAGAAUGCAGUGUUGCUAUCUGCUCAGUGAAGAUGGCACAUGCCUUCAUCCCUCCAACUCUUCAAUACCAGGACAAACCUACACUACACACCACUUCCACCUGUCCAAUCAUAGAACAAUGAAAGAAACCCACUGGUGAUUGAAUGAUCCAAGAGGAAAAUCAUGUGUCCAAGGGGAGAAAAUAAAAAGCAAUUUCUAUUUCUAUAACGAAAAGUGCUGAGUCGUCAUACGUUGCUUUGCUGCUCCAAUGCUCUUAUUAUAGGGGCUUGCCAGGGACAUGUUAAAGAAGUCUGCAAUUGAAAAUUGCUCCGCGAACAGAGGAAAGAUGCUGACUCAAAAUCAAUGCAAGAGGUUUCUAAUAAGAGAGGGGAGUAUCUCCUAAAGUGGUUGAUUUUACUCUUAGGACAUAGGGGUAAGAUAAUUAAACAGCAACAGAUGAAAAGAUGGUUUGUAUUAUUGAAAUAAGUAGGGCCUUGAUUUUUUCCUUACCACGUGAGGUGAUGUCUCGUGCAACUAAGAUGUAUGGAUGACACCCUUAGAAUGUCGUAUUAUCAUGUCAUAAUGUUUGUGACUGAAAGCAUCUAUUUUUAAUCCAGUGUUUUUUUUAACAAGUAAUAAACAUAUCUGUCGGUGUUGCUCAGAAUUUUGAACUGAAAAAGAGGGCUCAAAUUCAUAAAGCUGCAGGGUUUUUGGAUCGCUUCACGAUUUGUUUGUUUUUAUUUUGGCUUUGAACUAUGAAACGGUAAUUGACUGAGUUGACAGUCUGAGAUCCUGAUCAUUUUGCUCUGUGUUGUUUAGUCUGGUUGAGCGAGGCCAGUUGGAGAUUACAACGGGAGGCUGGGUGAUGCCUGAUGAAGCCAACUCACACUACUUUGCAUUAAUUGACCAGCUAUUGGAGGGACACCAGUGGUUGGAGAGAAAUUUGGGUGAGUACAUAAUAUAUCAGGCAUUUGUUAUCUGGAAAGAGAUCGUAAAAAAACAAAUGUUGUUGACAUGCACAACAUACACUGAGUGUACAAAACAUUAGGAACAUCUUUCUAGUAUUGCGUUGCACCCCCUUUUGCCCUCAGAACAGCUUCAAUUAUUCAGAGGGAUGGACUCUACAAGGUGUCGAAAGCGUUCCACAGGGAUGCUGGCCCAUGUUGACUCAAAUGCUUUGACUCCACUACCAUUCCCCCUUUCAAAGGCACUUAAAUAUUUUGUCUUGCACAUUCACCCUCUGAAUGGCACACAUACACAAUCCAUGUCUCAAUUGUUUCGAGGCUUAAAAAUCCGUCUUUAACAUGUCAUCAAGUGACAUCAAUAAUGGAUCAUAGCUUUAACCUGGAUUCACCUGGUCAGUCUAUGUCAUGGAAAGGUGUUCAUGUUGUUUUGUACACUCGCUGUGAAGCUGUUUGUGUUCCUGUGCUGGAACAUGCAGUCACAAACUAUAGCUACUUACUAGUGAUUUGUCUUUAAUUAACACUCUGCUAAUGUUUUGUACACUCAGUGUAUUUGUUCAGCAUAUUUGUUAUUUUGCAUGAUUGACACAAAAUGAUCGGCAUACUUUAACCAUCAGAGAUUUUAACUGUUUAUACAUGAACACAUUAACCCAGUGGCAGCUGGUGACUUAAACAGUUAGGGAGGAUGACACAUGAAAACUGGUUGAUUUAAUGGAAUGACCUGUGUAACAGAUGUUUAUUAUAAGGAUUUGUAGCUUUUCUAUUAUUUAAAAUUUUUCCUCAACAUUUUGAGGAGGGUUGCUGCGAACCUUCUCUGCAUGAACCUGACUCUUCCCUCUGGUCUUCCCUGCUAGGAGUGAAACCCCAGACGGGCUGGGCUGUGGACCCGUUUGGCCACUCCCCUACCCAGGCGUACCUACUGAAACAGGCUGGCCUGGCCAACAUGCUCAUCCAGAGGGUGCACUACUCCGUCAAGAAACAUUUUGCCAGUCAGAAGACCCUGGAGUUCUUCUGGAGACAAAACUGGGGCAAGUAUGCAGACUGA